AUGUUUUUCUUUUGCUUGCUCACCACUCAGCUCACCACUUUUUUUUCGGCUCAUCUGACUCAGCUCAGCUCAUUUCUUGUUCUCUGCUUGCUUGAUCAGCUCACCUGUCUAGAUAUUUGUCGGCUCAGUUCUUGGCUCACCUGGAUAUACACUGAAUUUCAGUUUGAGAUCACCACAUUGUCCUUUUUAAAAAAACAAUUAUGCAGUUUCAUAGCUUAUUUAUAA